UGUUGCAGUUUAGAGAGAUAGAGCUGCUAUCCGGUCAUUAGUGUCAACAGAUGUAAAUUGUACUCAUCAUCUUCUUUGAACAAUGCAUAAAUUAAUUUAAAAUAUAAUUGUGAAGCAUAACAAAUUUAUGAUUGCAUAUACUGAUUAAAUAACAUUUAAUACAAAAUGACAAAAAAUAAAGAAUUAUUUUUAAUAAAUAAUUUUAAAAUGUUUUAUAUUCUUCCAAAGAUAACAAAACUAUUGUGACAACAUGGUAUUAACAGGCAGAGAAUGCAAAUGCAAGACACGUGGAUGAAUAUGUAUUCUAAAUUUUAUUUUAAAAAUAUUAAAUAUUAUCGAUCUCAGUUAAAUCUCUUGAAUAUAUAAAAAUAAAUCAAAAGAAUUACUAUGUAAUAGCUAUUACAUUUUUACAAAACGGCCCAGAACAAAGCAUCAUAACCUCAUGUUAAUUUUAUAUACUUGAUACAUACUCUCAUCAAUAAAGUAUUUCACAAAAUUUAUAUUUUUUGAUAAAGACUCUCACCCUGGUCAAUAAAGUGUGUCACGCAAUUUAUCACGAUAGUUGUAACAAAACUAUUUGUGUGAAAUGGCCAAAUGGGACAUGGUAAUUUACACGUGGAGAUCGUAGAAUGCAAAGGCAAUACACGUGGAUGAAUAACAUAGGUCCCACCACAUCCCAAGUCUCACAUCUAAAGUCUCUUGAACUUAAAAAAGAUAACUUUACCAAAAUUAAGGCAAGAAAGAAGCAAGAUGGAACCUAAACCCCCGCCGGAGGAAAACCGGUCACCGGUGCCGGAAAAUCAAGAAAAUGAACAGAAAGAGCAUGCAUUGGUAGAUCAUCAGAGUAAAGGAAGCCCCCAUUGCGAAGGCGAAGAUAUAAAGAAGGCCAAAUCGUUGGAAUUUUUUAAAGCAAAAGUGUUUGAAUUUGCUCGAGAUUCAAGAAUGUCACCAGAGCGUAUCUUACUUAUUGAACGCCGCUUGCCGGAAUUAGUUAUUGACCUGCAUGUUCCCGAUCAUCCUCCUUACGCAACGAUGAUUCACAAGGCAAUUACAGAACUUGAUGAAACAGGAGGUUCCACCGAGGAAGCCAUAUCACUUUGUAUAAAAAAAGAGCAGAAUGAUUUGCCAUGGGCUCAUGCUUCUUUGCUAAAGCACCAUCUCAAAAAACUUUGUGAAAUGGGUGAUGUUGUUGUGACUGGUGAGAAAUGCUAUAUGCUUAAUAAUGCUUGCGAAACCUAUAUUCCUGAUCAGAUUAAAGCCUUCGAUCCUAGUCAGAUUGUAGCCGUUGAUCCUUAUCAGAUUGGUGCAUCCCCUAUUCCUAGCUAUGGUCCUUAUUCUAGUCCUAGCAGUAGUACUUCUGGUAGCUAUUCUGACUACGCCCCAUAUGUUAAUAAAAGGAAGCAGAAGAGGACAGGACGUAAGUAUGGAAAGAAACGUCGCAGUGGUAGAAAGAUGCAGGAGUCUGAAGAAGAAUUUGAUAUCAAUGAAGAAGAACAUCCUGAAGAUACGGAAGAGGAAGAAGACUCUGAAGAGUAUGAAGAUGAAUUUGAAGAAUUUAAGAACACAGAAGAGGAAGCGGAAGUGACUAAAGUAGAAAAUCGAUUAAUAAAAUAUAAAAGGAAGCAUACACAUAGGACUGAAGGUGCCAAAAAGAACAAGACUGAAGAUAAAUCUGAAUUUAAAGAUGAGUGGUUAGGAGCCGUUUCGGUCGACAAUCCAGUGAUCGGAAUGAAUAACAGGGGGACAAAACUGGUAAGGGGACGCGGCCGGCCACCUAAGUAUUCUAAACCGAAGACAUAUAUUGGUCCUAGAGAAGCACAAGUGGAACUAAUUGAAACACACAAUCAAGUAGCAGAAGUUCCCAAGUUGCUUAAACAAAAGAGGGGGCGUGGCCGGCCAUCUAAGAUUAAAGGAUUUGAGACACAGACUAGACCCAAAGAAACACAAGAGCUAUCAUGGGAAACACAUAAUCAACUGAGGGGAGUUUUGAAUAGGGCAGAAGAGAGCAUGGAAAGAGGCAGCCCACCUAAGAAACUUGGGACUAAUACAGAUUUUGGACCCAAGGAAGUACACAAAGAGGUGACGAAAGCAUUUAAUCAAGCAACAGAAGAUUUGAAGAUGCCAGGAGAGAAGAGGGGACGUGGUAGGCCUCCUAAAAAUCUGGGAAGUAAGACAUAUGUCAGACAGAAAGAAGCACAAGGGGAAGUGAUUGACUCAUAUAAUCAAAUGGAUUGCAUGGAGAAGCCGCAACAGAAGAGAGGGCCUGGUAGGCCACCUAAGAAUUCUGGAGGAGAAUUGGUGGUGAUUGAGGAACAGAAGAGAGGGCCUUGUAGGCCACCUAAGAAUUCUGGAGGAGAAUUGGUGGUGAUUGAGGAACAGAAGAGAGGGCCUGGUAGGCCACCUAAGAAUUCUGGAGGAGAAUUGGUGGUGAUUGAGGAACAAAAUCUGACAAACGAAGAUGGGAUGAAGUUGAAACAGGGGAGAAGACGGUUUAGACGCAAACAUGAAAGAGAAGAAGUAAAUAAAUAUCUAGACCAACUUGAGUUGACUGUGAUACAAGAAAUGUUUGAGAAGAUGAAAAUCUCAUGUGAUGACGGUGAGAAUGUUUAUGGUCCAGCUUCUCCAUGUUUCUCUUCCAAGGCUUGUGAACCAGUGGUUGAUGAUAAGAUGAGGAAAGAAAAGGAGCAGAACAUUCAGAGUUCUGUGGGAUGGGCAGAGUUAUUCGAUAAGCAUGGCUGGGAAAAACUACGUGAGAAGUCCCAAGAACUAGACGAUAUAGAAAAAUUGUCAGGGACGCCAAUUCAGCUGCCACGAGAAGGUAAAGAGGAUGAGGCAUAUCCUUGUCGGUUAGCUUCUAGAUCUGAAACUGAUGAAUUUACAACAAUGAAUGAAAUGGCACCUGCACAGUUUGCACAUGAAGAGCAGCAACCAGGGUGCAUUGGUCAGGGCGGGCCACCUGGAUAUAGAAACAUGACAACUAAAGCACCACCUACUGUGUCAAAUUAUCAGCACGAAGAUGUACAACAACAACAUAUACAUACAGGAAAAGAGCCAUUACUUGAAAUUGAAGAAGAGACAUCAACAUUUAUGGAAUUAUUACAUUCUGGAUAUCGUUAUCAAUAUAAAGAUAAACAGUUGGAUCAAUCAAAGAAUGAAGGCGGGAGGACGUCCAGUGAGCCAACACAUUGCACCGGAGAAGAUGAUAAAAAUUCAGAGUGCAAUAAGUGAACAGAUGAGUGGAGCUUGGUGUCUCAUGCCUGGACCUUACAAUCAUGGCAGAGAGUAAAGUUGGUUACAAUAUAUUCCAAGCCUGUUGAAUGCUCCACCAGAUAAUAAUUUUAAUGUUUUAGUUUGCUGCUAUGAUGUUUUCUUUUUAUCCAGUACCAUUGUACCAACUUGGAUCUGAACCUCAACAAAAGCAAGGGCGUAGCCAGAAAAUUAUUUUCA